GUGAUAGAAGUGUGCAUCAGAUCCAGCUGAAGAACCAAGAAAGAAAAUGGACACCUCAAGCCAACGCUUAGUAGACGUCGACACUCUCAAGCAGGAGCUUGAGAGGCUGCACAGGGAGCUGGACCAAGCCAGCUCCGAGAAGAUCCAGUCUGCUCAAUAUGGCUUGGUGCUGCUUGAAGAGAAAGAGCUACUUCAACAACGAUGUGAAGAACUGGAAUCUUUGUUUUACAAUACAAAGAAUGAAUUGGAUAUUACUCAGGAGGCACUGGCCAAGUUUCAGACCACCCACAAAGUGACCACCAAAAGUGGUAUUGAGACAGAGGAGUCACUUCUCCUAGAGUCAACAGCCCGUGAAACGUCUCUAAACUCAACCAUUCUUGAUUUAGAGAAUGAUCAGAAACUUAUGCGACAAGAGUUGGAGCGGCUUCUCGAAGAGAGGAAUCGAGUUAUCCAGGAGAACGGGGAGCUUUUGAAAGAAAAGGCGGAAGCGGAGGUGGAGCGGAAAAACCUACGCGCUGAGCUCAAGGAGAUCAGGUUCCGGGAGACUCGUAUCAUUACAGACUACUCAGAAUUGGAAGAGGAAAAUAUCACACUGCAGAAGCAAGUGUCCGUCCUAAAAUCUUCACAGGUGGAGUUUGAAGGUGCGAAGCAUGAGAUCCGACGGUUGCAUGAGGACGUGGAGGUCCUGCAGCAGCAAGUUGAAGAACUCACCAAGCUAAAGGAGAUCGCUGAGAAGCAGAUGGAGGAAGCUCUCCAAUCGUUGCAGGCGGAGCGUGAAGCAAAGUAUGCAAUGAAGAAAGAACUUGACCAUCGCAUAAACAGCGAGUCACUAUAUAACCUCAGUAAUCUGGCCUUCAGUAUUAGAGGUAUUACUGAUGAUCAAACUAUUGGUAGCGACGAGGACGAGCUUCCUGUGCUAAAGAGAAUUGAGGCAGACCUGAAGACCUCUGACUUGGCCUCACCAGAUUGCAAGCAGGUUGACCUCUUCAGCGAAAUUCAUCUGAACGAGAUCAAGAAACUUGAAAAACAAAUUGAACAGAUGGAAGGAGAAAAAUCCCAUUUGACGACUAGCCUGCGAGAGUCACAGCACGAGACAGAACAGAGUAAGGCGGAGAUGCAGGCGGCACUUGUACGCAUGAUGCAGCUGCAAGUGCAUGUCCAGUCACUGGAACAUAUCCGAGAAAAGGCGAACAGUUUAAGCACAGACCAGGAGGAGAAGUCAAGGCUGAUGUUGCUGCAGUACCAGCAGUGGAUGACACUUGCUGCUCGAGAGAUGGAGCAGAUCCAACGGGAAUUAGAACAGUUGGAGAAAAAUCUAAACUGUUCAGAUGCUACACUGCAACUACGCACUGAACUCACUAAUCUCAAGAACAAGCUGCUGGACAGUGAGCAGAGAAGCUUGGAGCUGGAGUCUGAUGUGCGACUGCUGGCCCAGCUGGCUGGAGAGGCCAGCAGCAGCCUGGACACUGCACAGAAUGACUUAAUGACAGCCACGGAUGAGCUAGCACAGCUGUACCAUCUGGUGUGCACAGUGAACGGUGAGACGCCCACUAGGGUUCUACUCGACCACGAGAAGCACACUGAUCCCAAGUCAGAAGGUGACAAGGAAGGUGUGCAGUUAUUGAGGGCAAGACUUAAGUCAGAUCUCGCGAAUAAGGAGCUGGAGAGUCUCCAAGAUGCAGCUGCCAUGGCACGGCAUGUCGAGACUGUCCUUGACCAGAUCAGACAUCUACACAAGGCUGUACACCAUACCAUCGAGCGUGCCAAGGGCCAGGGCUCCAACACUGAUGUGGCUCACAGCCUAGGUCUGGAAGAGGUACAGGAGCUGCAGGAGCAGGUGAUCAAGCUCAAGUCGCUGCUGUCCACCAAACGGGAGCAGAUCGCUACAUUACGCACAGUGCUUAAGUCCAACAAGAACACGGCGGAGGUGGCACUCAACAACCUUAAGUCCAAGUACGACAACGAGAAGGCAGUGGUCAGUGAGACCAUGAUGAAACUUAGAAAUGAGCUUCGCAUACUGAAGGAGGAUGCAGCUACCUUUUCCAGUCUGCGAGCCAUGUUUGCUGCUCGCUGUGAGGAGUAUGUGACUCAGGUGGACGAGUUACAGAGACAAUUGGCUGCAGCUGAGGAAGAGAAGAAGACACUGAAUCAGUUGUUGCGGCUAGCCGUACAACAAAAGCUGGGUCUUACACAACGUCUGGAGGAAAUUGAGAUGGAUCGGGAAAUGCGCAAUGCACGGCGCCCUCCUCCCAACAAUGCGACCAGAGGAACAUCCAAGCCCAGCAGAACGAGGAAACGCAUGACAAGGGAAAAAUAAAAAGACAUGUGCUCCAUUCCUAUGUGCUUUUAAACCUGAUUUUGUGUAAUUUAAUAAUAAAACACAUUUUUAUUUUAUGUUUUGGACCGUGCUAGGACACCAUCAAGUUGGUACUGUUCUAUACUUUUUUUAAUGAAGUGAAGUAAACCAGGCACUAUAGUGGGUAAUACACAUUUUACAGGGACUGUAUAUUUUGAAUAUUUUAAAUCUUUAGUCUUUGUGGAGGUGGUAAUAUAACCAAUUGUACUUUACUGGGUUGUAUAUAUAAAUAAGAAUAUUUAUUAGUUAUGAAAUGAAUAUGAACAUUUUAUACCAUUCAAGUGGGGUUUUUAGAUCAAUUCUAAUUAUGUAGUUGGUUACUGAGUGUACUAACGUUUACCAUCAGUUUAGGCUAUUUUUCAUACUGUUUAAUUUUGCAGCUGUUAUUUUUAGCUAUUGUCAUUAUGAGUUAACUAAGGUGAAUGAAUAACAUAGUAUGUCUUUUAAUUUAGUGCAUAAUAUUCUCAUAGCAAAACAACUUCUUAGUAGAGGUGUUAGCGAAAAGUUUGUGUUUUUAGAGUAGAAAAUUGACAGAAAAUGUAUUUCCUUUAGUAUCGGUUUACAAAUCAGCAUCGUUUCUCAUGUAUUACUGUACAUUAGCCAUAUCAAAUAAAAUUUGUUAGUGUUAGAGGUGUAGGUAAUUUGUGUGUUUCCUUUUCACAGAAUAGUGUUUAAACAUAUUUGUUGUGUAGAUACUGCUGUGCUGUAGUAUGAAUUGCAUGGUAAUAUUGAUUGCAUUCUAUCUCUUUUCAAACUCUUUUUGUUGUUUUGCAUUCGGAAUCAGUUCCCAUAACUAAACGAUUGUGAAAAGUAAUGUUAAAUUUCAUAUUUAGAAAAUGGCCGGAAUUGUCUUUAACAAAUUAUGUUGCUGUUGACCUAGUUGUUGAUGUUUGCGGUUUCAAGGUAACAGAUGUGGUUUUAAUGGCUCGGCUAGGAGGUGUUUUGCACAAAAAUGUAAUAUACUAAUUAGCAAUUCAUAUUGAAUUAGUUCAUAAUUAUAAGUUAUUUAAUUGUUUAAAAUUAUUACUACAUCUGUUUAGUCAUUGAUUUCUGUGUAAAGAGGUGGACAACCUAUGGAAUGUUCAGAAUUUAAAAUUGGCUUAAGUGUUCUGAUAUCAUACACAUUAAUUACAGAGUGUUGAGAAAUUCCUAUUGCAUUAAACACUAUUAUGACAUCAAACGUAGGUAAUUUUCAAUCUUCAAAAAGCUUACUUUUGAAAGGAAUAUUUCACGUUAUGAAAUAUAAUAGUAAAUUAAUAAAUAUUGUACACUAACAUACAAUUACAAAAAAGAUAAUAUUAAGUUUUCCCAACAAGAUUUUGUCAUAGACACACAAUUUGCUACCUUAAUUUACGUUUGUUCUAUUUUCUAAGAUACUGAUUUCAUUGUAGUUAAAAUGAAUGUUACAUUUCAUCAUAACCUUUUUUUGGUUGGUUUAUUUAACAAAUAAAUAAGUCAAAGACAUAUGUCAAUAUCUGUGGAGUCUUAUUAUUAUCUUCUGAACAGAUCAAACUUUCUAAGUAAAUUAUUAUUAGUUAAAGUUUUUCAAGGUUAUGCAGUAAAAAAUAAAAUAAGUACUAGUUGUCUUUCCAGCUUUCUGUUAUUAUGAGAAUUGUAAAUCAGUUGUCUUUGUAUAGUUACUAGUUGUUUCUUAAUUUUGUAAACUUUGUAUUUCAUAUGAUUGUUAGGCUAAACAACUCCUAGCGAGCAUCUCAGACCCACUUCUGUCCAUACUAAGGAGACAGUUGUUGAGCUAUGCUUUGUAUAAAGCCAGCAUGUAAAUAGCGUAAGUUAGCCGUUUGGUUCCGUCAAGUCCUGCCGUCCAGUGCAGCCACCCUCACUGCCGUCCCUUGUCGCAGUCAGUUUUGCCAACCUCUGCCCCACAAAUAUUCCAGUUGAUGUUGUGUUCAUUUCAAACAAAAUCUAAAAGUAACUAGUUUAUAUACUAUACGUUUUAGUAUUACUAAUGCAUUAUUGUAUUACACAACAUAAAAUAUAAAGAAAUUGUUAAAGUUCUAAAUUUUCAUUGAGUUUGUUUUGAUUUUAGUGACUGAUUAGUGUUGUUUAAAAGCAUUUAAGAUUUCAAACUCAAUAAGUAAGUUUUGUGACCUCUCCGGGAAUUGUGCCUGUAACCUCUAAUUUAGAGCAAACAGCCUAUUUGUUAAUAAUUAAUUGUGUUGUACUUUUAAACAUACAAAAUCAAAACACAUUUCAUAACACAACAACAAAUUCUAUAUUUCAUAAAAGUAAGCUAUGCUUUUAAUACCAUUAUAAUUUGUAUCUAAGAUAUUUGUUAAAUUUGAAAUGUACUAUCUUAAUUUGUUGUAAAAAUUCGUAAAGAUGAGCAGAUUUUAAAUCUCGAUUACAGUAUCGCUUGACUACUGAGUUACCAAUAAUUCUUAAAGGAUUAAUAUAUCAAAUAAUAUAUGAUUAACAUAAAAUUGGAAAUGUAGAGUAUUAGUUGCCUAAUAUGGCAGAAAGGGCUAAAGUUGAAUUUUAACUAAAAAUUGUAGAAAACUUACAAAUUCCGUAGUCUAGAUAGUGUAGUGAUAAAUCAAGUGGUAACUCUUUAAUUAUUAAUAGGUCUGACGUGUGAUUACCAAUGAAUUUGACCGCUUGAAAUUUAACUGUAAAUAAUAGUUAAAUUGAUAGUUGUUACCAUUGUUUCAUUAAAAAUAGUGAUAUUAUGUUAUUAAAAUCAGUGACCUAAUCAGUUAUAAAAUUAAUGUGAGGGUUCAUUCAAGUUAUGUUAACAAAUCCUUUAGUGAAAAUUCAUAUAUUAAUAACCAAAUAAUGUUUAUGGUAGCCUGAAUAUUACAAAACAACCAUCCUAAAUCAAAAUGGAAAAUUAGCAUAGAGUUAAAAUUAAAAUUGUGUGGUGUUUGCCCACUAUUAUUGUAAAAUUAUUUUAUCAGAGAUAGCUAUUUUAUUUUUUUCUUAUAGAAGCAUUUAUUAUUUACCUUGUUUUUUUAUUAAAAUUAUUGAAACAAAACAAAAAUUGAACAUCAUGGUAUUUUCUUUUCUGUAAUGAAAAAUCACUAAAAUGUUAAAGAAUUCAUAUAGCUCUUAUCAAAAUGCCCUCCAUGGGAAUAUUUGUGCCAGAGGUUUGGUUAACCUAUUUUUGGAAUUGGCUUGGUCAAAAUGCACUCUUUUUACUGUGUUAAAACAUGUGAUAAUUUUGUUGCCUAGUUUGUGAGUAUUUCAACCUUCUAUUGCAGUUACUGUACUGGAUUUAAUGGUUAUUGGGUUAUUUUCUACUUUUUAUAUUGUGUGUUGAACAAUUGUAAUGUUCCAUUAUAAUAAUAAUUAUGUUGCUCACAUUACAGUAUAUUUAUCGAGUAACUGUUGUGAAUUCGGACAGUUAUUAGUUUUCUUUACAUUUAACACUUCCAGAAAUUUAUUUUGGGUUAAUGAAUUCUAAUUGACAGGGUUACUAGAUUAGGUUGCUUUAUUGUUGAUUACAAAACAUUUUUAUUGCUUGUGGUUUUCAAGUUUGCAUUGAAUCAAAAUUAAUGUCUGAAUUAAUUAUUUUGUUUAUAACAUAAUUGUUUAGUCGUUCAGAGAAUUUUGUAAGUGAUUUAACUUACAUUUUAUAAGACUGCUUAGACCAAUUUCAUGUGAUGUUUUAAUUUUUUGUGGAUCAAUUUCAAUAUUGUUACAUGAUAUCCUAGCAUUGAGCUGCUCUGUAUUGUUAUACAUAGUGUUAUUAUAAUUUGAUAUUUAUUUUUUGCUUAAGAUAUUGUUAUUAUCUUACUUUUCCAGUAUUUAGAAAUUAAACACAAAGAGGUUUCUUUAGUCAGUGGUAACUCGGGUGUUCUUUUUACAUUUUUAACCCAAAGGUUUUAGAAUUGUGCAAUAUUAAGUAAGCUGGUAAUAUAUGUAAAUAUAUUUUGUAUGUAUAAAAAACUAAACAUGUAAUUUUAUAUACCCUUAAAGAAAUAUUGAAACUUCUAACCUGUUCUAUAGUAUUGUUUCAUUUAUAUGUAACACAUAGUAUUGACUUAAACACUAUUUAAUUUUAAGAAGUUAUUUUUAAAAUAAAAACUAGGUUGUGUCAAUUUUAUUGUUGUUUUAUGUUUUUUCACUGGACUUUGAUACUAAUUGGGGGGAGGGAGUGGAGUAGCAAGUAUUUAUUGUUAAUUGUAUAGCAGUUAAAUUGAAUCAGGUACAUGUUUUAAAUUAUUUUUAACUAUUUCCAAAAAUGGUAAUUUAUGAAGGGGUUCCCAAAAAACUGUAAUUAUUCUUAAUAGCUAUACAUUAAAUUUUUUACAAAAAAAAACUUAUGGCUUCCGAAAUACUUUCUAUUAUACUUGAUACAUUUGUCCAAUCUACACAAUAACUUAAAAUAUCUAUCAUAUUUAUUGGCAUUAAUGGUCAGUAGCUCUUCCAUAGUUUCUUUCUUGAGGUUAUUAAUAUAAUUAAAUCUGUCCUUUAUACAGUCUUCGUACAUGAAAAUAAGGAAAUAUCACGUGGAGCGAGGCUAGUUGAGUAAAUUUUGUGAGGCUAUCUUAUUAUUUGUCCAUAUUUCUGUUUAAUUAAAUCACAAUUUUCUGCUGAUUUUAAUCAGGUAAACAAAAAUAAACUCAUUGAAUACAAAUAUUGUAUCUUCAGAACUCAACAAUUCUUUUUAAAGGGGUUAUUUCUACUUCAUAGCAUUUUGGAUUGUCUUACUAAAUGUUUUUAUGAGAAAAUAGUUCAAAGCCCACUUGCAAAAUUUUAUAUUCCUCCUUAGGAUUUGACUCAUGACUUCAUGUAGAACUGUAGCCUUACUUUUAUGCUGUGGAAUAUUUUGUAAUAAAUAAUCCAAAUAACAAUGAAUUGACACUGACCAUUUUUACAAUAUUAUUAUUAUUUUUUAUGAUUUGGAUUUGUGAUGUUUUAGUGUAGUUAAAUUGACAUAUUAAUUAUUGUAGUCUAUUUAUUAUGUUGUUAAUGUUUUACAUGUAAGGUAUUUAUUUGAAAUACACUAUUUACUAAUAAAGUGUCAAUAACUGAA